UGUGAAGCUUGAGCCAUACUGCUCAGCAGAGAGAGCAGGAAAUAACAAGCCGACCACAGAGGGGAGAGGAAAUGAGUCACAGUCCUUUCUCAAGCAGUCUUGCAGAACAGAAGAGAGUGCUGCAUUGUGAAGGGUCAGGUGGAUGUGAAAGGCAUCUGUGAUACAUUCCCUGUUCUGAAGGCUGGAGGUUUGAGAGGACACCAGUCCACCUGUACAUGGCAUGGACUAGUGAGUAGGAGAGUCCAGUUGCAAUGCAGGUGCAAGCAAAAUGAGAUAAGGUAUUGUGAGUGGCUAAAAUAAGCUGUGCAGAAGCAGCAGAAUAGACUAAAGCAAGGAAGUUGCAUCCUUGUGAGUGAGAGAACAUGUUUCAGGCCAAGGGAUCAGCCAGUACAGCCUCUUCUAAUGAGUCAAAGAGCAACUCAGCAGCAUCCACUGUGCAGCGAUCCAAGUCAUUCAGCUUGAAGGCCCAGGUGAAGGAGACAUGCAGUGCCUGCCAGAAAACUGUCUACCCUAUGGAGCGUCUGGUGGCUGAUAAAUUUGUCUUCCAUAACAGCUGCUUUUGCUGCAAGCACUGCCACACCAAGCUAAGCUUGGGCAGUUAUGCAGCUCUCCAUGGGGAAUUCUACUGCAAGCCACAUUUCCAGCAGUUGUUCAAGAGCAAAGGCAACUAUGAUGAAGGCUUUGGGCGCAAGCAGCACAAGCAGCUCUGGCUGCAGAAAGAAAUGGAAAAUGGGACUGAUACAGCAUGACCAGCAGGCAGCAAUUUCCCCACUUUGAGCAUCAUGAAACAGGGAGGAACUGAGCUGAUGGAAAGCAGUGGAGCUUCCAAGGCUUGCUGGGAGCAGAGAAGGCUAGACAGGAGCACAGUAAGGUUUUAUGUUGUAGGAGCAAUGGUACUGGCUUAAUUAGGAGGAUACCACAGAAACUGUCCAGAUAGGGUUGAGAGUGGAAAAUCUUGCUCAAAGCAUACAAGCAUAGAAAAAGAGGCCAGGCUAGUGAUGAAUAAGAUACAGGCAAGUCCCCAGGUUAUGAACCAGUUCUGUUCCCAAGAAAACAGAAAUUCCUCUUUAAGUUGAAUUUGUAUUUAGGUUGGGUCAUCUAGUUAGCCUGCCACAUUUGUGGGGGUUAGGGGUGCAGAACCCACAUGAAAGUGGAAAAAAUGCAAAUAUUGAUAGCCCCC